AAUGGAAAGCAGGACCCCAGCAGCGGUGACAACACCAUUCAUACCAAGCCAUGCAGGAAACACAGAGUAUUGUUGGUAACCAAGGAAUGUACAUAUUCCAUGCAUCACCGGUCAUUUGAUUGGCGACGUGUACUGUCGCAGGUGAACUGCUGAUAUUAUCUUCAGCAGUAAUUACCAUCCUUGCAAACAUUUGAGUUGAGAUCUUAACUUGAAAAAAACUUGAAUUACAAAUUGUGUUACCCAAAUCAAAUGUAGUGAUAGUUACAGAAAAUGGUUGCCAUGUUCUGCAGAUGCUACACUAGAGGAGUCAAAAGAAACCAGCAAAAACUAGAUGUUCAUGGAAUCAAACAAGAAUGCUUCAUCAAUUAAACAAGCUUCAAUCGCAUGCCCCAUGUGAUUUGAUAUCAAUCAACUGAACGUUAAAGGUCUUUCCAUGGCGAGUUCAAGAUGAGACCAGUCAUGAUUCUACCUUCACUCAAUACCAUGGACAAGCCUGGGGUACAGGCAGCCUCAACCUCCGAUGUCAGGAAACUGGCUAAUCGCUGCUGGAGCACCAACCCCCAAACCAAGACACUCUCUGAGCCUGUACAAAGAUCAGGCCAGCAGGGGAGCAGACCAACUAGCAUACGUUCCCUACCUAUACUACCAUCCCAGAAGACAUUUAACCAUCAUGUUACUGUACCACCUAGAACACCUAAUCAAGAUAGACAAAGCCAAAGGGGUCUUAGAGAUUCUCACAUGGAACCUUUCCCUGCCAUCCAAAGUCAGUGCAGGACAGCAUCACGACAAAGUAGCCUCUCUUUACCCAGGAGUGAUGUAAGCAGAGGAAGUAAAAGAAAGAGAAGGAAGCCUUUGAAGAGAUACAGGGAAGUCUUUGUAUGGGACCACAGAACUAGAACUUGCUCAGAACCCGGAAUGAAAAUUGCAAAUGGAACUCUUCCUUCUGUCGGAACAGAAAAUCCAUUGAUGUUGGCCACAGACAAUCAGGCACGCACUUUAUACACUCCAACAGGACAAGCAAGACAGAAAAGGAAGCAAAGGGCACAAGGUCUCCUGGGAAUGUUAGAGAGGCCACUGAAACUUGAUCAGCUUUGCAAGACCCCUGUCCCAAAUACAGCAUGGACCAGCGAGAGCACCGACGAUUCACCCUUCCCAUCCAAGACAAUCGUUCUUCCACCUAUAGGUCAAUAUAAUGAGGAACCAGGAGGGGAAGAAGGGUUGAAAGGUUUGAGCCAGAAAAACAUGACUGAACAAAUGCACAAGAAAUCAGUGAAGAAGAUGGAUAAGGGAAUAAAGAGCUUGAAGUCCAGGAAGAAGAUGGGGAAGGAAAAGUUGAAGCUGAAGGAUGUUGAAGUGCAGCAUCAAGGUACAGGAAAUGGUUCUGAGCAUGAUAGUGAUGGGUACACUCAAGAAGACCUUGAGGACACUAGUGGGUCUGAUUCUGAUCAUGAUGGUGAUGACGGCAACAGUGACAUGGGAUGGACAGAUGACGACUACGAUGAUGAUGAUGAGAGUGGGGGAUUUCUCAUAGCUAGUCGAAUAAAUUCACAAAUGAGAAAAUCAGCUUGCUCUACUAGUCAAUUUUCAAGAGCUUCUGGAUUUACAAUGAACUCUGUAGAAAUAAAGAGAUCUGGAGAUAAUAGUGAUGAAUAUGAUGGUGAGAAUGAUGAGGAUGAUGAUGAAAACAGUAAUGAUGGUGCUGAUGAUAAUGAAGACAGUAUUGAUGGAUCACAGGUAGAGAACAAUUCAACUGAUCAAGAUGACGAUGAUGAUGAUAAUGAAGAUGACGAUGAGGAUGAAGAAAUGGAAGACAAUAAUAGCAAAGAUGACAACAGUUCUGAUGCAGCCCAAGAAGACGAUGAUCUGCUCAGCCAUAUGGAUAUUGAGGAUAUUGAUAAUGACACAAUAAAAGAUUCUGACGAUGAAGAGGAUGAAGACAUGUUCGUCAGAGUCAGUGACUAUGGUGACAGUGAAGAUGAAAUUGAAGAAGAAAAUACCACUGCUGCAGGUGACACUGCAACUGAAAAUUUUGAAUCUGAAAUGGAGGGUGAUGACAAUGAAGGUGAUGAUAUUAGUGAUGAUGAUGACGAUGAUGAUAAUGAUGAUGAUAAUAAUGAUAAUGUUGAUGAUAAAUGAUAACAAACCUGGUAACAUUGUGUCUCAUUCUUAAAAUAUGAAUAACAACACAUUGCCAAUCCAAAUUGAAAUGAUUUUAAUGGAAAUUGUUAAUGUUUCAAGUUUUCAAAUGUUAAGAAAGUAUAUUAUUGCUGCUCUCAAUCAGAUUAUCAUUGCACAAUCUAUUCAGCAAACAAAGAGCCUGUAAAAAUCUGCAAAAUAUUUCAAUUAAAAGUUUAGGUAAUCAUUUUGUCUUUGCUUUCUUUUCUUUUGCAAAAGUUGUGAAUUUAUUGCUCUUUUGUAAAUUAGUGAAGACAUAUGUUAUGUCAGUUCCCCGUCUAUAUGAUCUUUAAUCUAUUCUUGUCUUUACUUUUUGUUGUUUUGUUGUUUGCUGCUUGUGAUUUACUAUUGUUUGUGUACAUGUACAUUUGUACUAUACCAUCUUUGUUGCUGUUGUUUAAUUGUUUGUUUUUCCAUGACCCUAAAAGGCAUAAAUAUGUUUUGUUAAGAAAAAUGGCAAGAACGGGAUUGAACAUGGCUCUCAUAAUGAUCAAACACAGUAUGUAUGAAGGAUAGCACAUUGCAAAUGUAAUGUCAAUAAAGUAUAUUGAACCAAGAAUGCUAAAAAAGAGAAAUAUUUGUCAAUUUUUAUUGGAUAACUAUUGUAUAAUAUGAACUUUUCAAAGACCUGUGCCAGUUCAAGAAUACUGUGAAAACAUGAAGUGAAUUCAUCUGAUAUUAAUUUGUCUUCCAAUAUAACUGAUCUAACAACAACUGCAUAAAAGUAAAAUUUUUAAACAAAAUAAAAACUAACAGAAUGUUAUUUGAAAAAGGGGAAAGGGGACAGGUACUUAUGAGUUAAAAAAGAAAAGAAGAAACCGUUAUGCUUCUUUUUUAGACCAUCAUACGUUUUAAAUCAUACACAUGGUCCUUUCUUUAUAUCGUAAUACUUCAUGAUUACUAUACAGGGCUCCGUAACACAAAGGUUAGUGACUAAUCGCUUAAUGAACUGACCUAUCAAGACCUUUGUUGCAUGCGCAAUUUGCUCAGUUGACUGACUAGGAACCAAUCAGAAUCGUUCUUUCAAAUUUAAAGAUUAAUCGCAAAUCUUUGUCUGCUUAACAUUGGUUUCUUCAGUGUAUUUGAAAUCUACAUGUACAGUAUAUGUUUUGUAUAAAACAUUUGGAAAAUUAAAAUGCUAUGCAAUGAAUUUUAGAAACUU